UAGUUGCUCCGCAUGUGGCAUGAGCUUUGCCCUGUUUUCAGGGCUAAGGCGGCACCGGCGGGUGCACAACAGUGAGCGGCCCUUCACCUGCUCCGACUGCGGCAAAGGUUUCAAGUCGUCACCUGACCUGAAGGAGCACAGGCGCCUGCACACCGGCAAUCGCCCCUAUACCUGCAGCGUAUGUGGCAAGGGCUUCACCCGCUCCAACCAACUGCUGGUGCACCAGCGCACCCACACCGGCGAGUGCCCCUACACCUGCGCCCAGUGCGGCAAGGGCUUCACCCAGUCCAGCACCCUGCUGGUGCACCAGCGCACCCACACCGGUGAGCGUCCCUAUACCUGCGUCCAGUGCGGCAAGGGCUUCGCCCAGUCCUGUCACCUGCUGGAGCACCAGCGCACCCACACCGGCGAGCGUCCCUACACCUGCGCCCAGUGCGGCAAGGACUUUGCCCAGUCCAGCUACCUGCUGAAGCACCAGCGUUAG